AUCGAUCGAACGGUGUGACUGAGGCCUGUAAGUCCGACAUACUCGCCGUGCCGGUACCGACGGCUGGCGGUCCGCCCCGCUCGGGUGCGCGGUGUCGAGUGGCCAGACCCCUCACGGGAGGUCGGGUCAGGUCAGGUCCGAGAUGAGGCCGCUGUGCCGAGCUGUGUCGUUCCUCCCGCUGCUGAUGGCGGUACCGCAGCAGCAGCAGAGGCGGCCCGCAGUCACUGCCGCCGGCUCCGAGAGAGCUCCUGGCCCUGACGCCAAGAGGAUGAAGCUGAGCGACGACGAGCGCACGGAAAAGCUGGAGCCGCUGCUGAAGGCCGGCUGGAGCAAGACAGACGGACGGGACGCCAUCGAGAAAAAGUUCCAGUUCAAGGACUUCAACCAGGCGUGGGGCUUCAUGAGUCGCGUGGCCCUGAAGGCGGAGAAGAUGGACCACCAUCCGGAGUGGUUCAACGUCUACAACCGUGUGGACAUCACACUCUCCACCCACGACUGCGGUGGCCUCAGCGGCAAGGACGUCACCCUGGCCAGCUUCAUCGACUCGGUGGCAGGCUCUGGAGCGCAGUAGGACGGCCAAGGGCAGCGGGAUCACCCCGAGCAGUGGGACGGCCAAGGGCAGCAGGAUGACAUCGAACGGCAGUGGAAUGGCGAGAGACCCAGGUGACUGGUGUCAUGAGGUGACUUGUGAGGCACUGUAAUGUGCGGGGGACGAGGAGUGACAUGCUGGAGAGCCGCGAGGUCACGAGGGCCUGGUGACAGAUACAUACGGUAAGGAAGGCAGGGCGGCAAGGUGGAUGCAUUGGCAAGAAAGUACGCUUGCCCCACGGCAGAGUGGUCAGAAAAGAACAGGGAAAUAAUACUCGUUUUUAGGUGGACGUCUUGUUGUUGCGCUUGUGUUGACGCGUUCCUGCCAAACUGGGACCAACAGCUUCAUCGCAGCUUUAUUUUGCGAACGUUGUGUAAAUAAAUGUUGCAAAAGUA